UUCCCCUACCCCCAAAGAUGGCUGGUGUUUGCCUCCGAUACGCGAUCUGCCUCUUGACAUACUGUGCUCUGCAGCUGUUUUGGCUCUUCCUCCAUGAUGUGGAGGCUUCCAGUUGUCAACGUGUCAUCCAUAAGAAAGUUGGAGACACCGUGGAGUUGUCAUCCUGCUUACCAACUGAAGGGGUCAUAAUGGCACGCUGGAAAUAUGGAUCAUCAUUAAUUGCAGAAAAAGAUAAGAAGCUUGAUGAAAACCAUCAGUUCAAGGGCAGAUUAGACUUUAACCCCACAAACUUCAGUUUAACAGUGAGAGAACUGACUCUCCAAGAUUCUCGUGAUUAUCAUUUUGUCUCAGCAGUGACUGACAAACAAAGGGGAACAGUCGUCAUCACCCUGCAAGUUCACGAGCCCAUUACUAAAGAGCCCGACGUCUUUUUCAAUUCCACCUGGCACCCCUCAAAUGAAUCCUGUACGGCUUUGCUGAAGUGCAUUGCACCCCCUGAAAGCAAUGUCACCUACAACUGGACGGUGGGGAACCAAACUAUAACUGGCUCCAGCCUGGAAUACAGCAUGCGACCUCAGGACGGAGAAACCAAAUUCACCUGCGCUAUUUCCAACAUUGUCAGUGAGAUGUCAGCAUCCAGAACCGAGAGUUGCAGCAACAAUACAGCUGACUCGUCUAAACCAGUGGCCGGCCCCUCAUCUCAUCUGCUGUUGAUUAUUGGGCGUGUUAUUUGAAUUUUACUGAUUAUUCCACUGCUGCUCUUGCUGGUUUUCUACACAAAGUCAAAGGCUGAUGGUUCUGUCUACGAAACGAUGAGAGGCUCUAAAGAUGCUGAAACAGGUGAUGAUUGUGCCUAUGAAAAUACGAGAGGCUCUGCAGAAGCUGGGAAAGAUUCAUAAAGAGCGGUGCAUCAUCAGCAAAACGAGAGAAGCACAGAUGAAAACGGAAAUUCAUGUUAAAGCAGUUUUGACAUAAAGUAAAAUGUAUGUGCAUUCCUCUGUCCUCAACUCAACUGUAUAUACAUAUAUAGUUGUUGUAGUAUAUAAUGGAUUGCUUUCAUUUUUUUUUACCUUUUAAAGCUCUUUUACCAUGUUGUAAGCUGAAUGCUGUCAGUUUUUUUUUUUCACAUUUAUAAAAUGUUCUCAUGCAGGUUUACAUGUUUAUCCACUUGGUGGCGUAAUGUGCUUGUCCUUUCAGUUACUUGCUGCUCAGUGGUUCUUGUGAUCAAUUAUCAUUGCAGAUGCAUCAGUGAGUACAUGCAUGAUGGAUAUCUUGAAGCAUGCGCACAUUUAUUGUGAUUGAUUGUGUAAUAUAAUUGAAUAAGCAUGUUUUGUAGAUUAUUUUCAACAAUUUAAAAUGUUACAUUUAAAAUGUUUUUUUUUUCUCCAUUUGAGCAAAUUCCCUUUUGGGUUUUCAAAUACUAUAGAUGUAGGUUGUAUAUGUGAGUGUUUUUUCUAAUUUUAUUUUAUUUUUUUGGUCAGUAGCUGUGAUUAUUGUAAUUAAAUAAAGAUACUUUUUUUUAUGUUAG